AUGUUUAUCAGUGUGCAAAAUGAGGCAGACAGUGAAUCUGAUUCAGAGAAAGAAGUCAAGGACUACACCAUGAUGUCAAAAGAGUCCAGAAAUGUCUUUAAUGUUCCAGUGAUCUCUACGCUUGAGAUCCCAUUCUCAACGCAGGAGGUCAUCUCUAGAAUUAGUCAAGCACAGCUUAGUCGAGCCAAAAAGUUUAAUCUAUCAGUUAUUGAGACUGGUGUUGAAAUGUUUCACUCAUCUAGAGGUACUCUAUGGAAACCUUGGAAAGAAAGAGUUACAAAGCGACCUGCAACAGCUCAUGCUUUAAGACCAGAUCAGAUGAUUAGUGAUGAAUUUGCAACAAAUACAAAGGUUUCAGAAAUCCAAGAUAUGCUACAGGAACUUGUAAGCUCUUCAAUGUUUAGCAAAAUGGAAAACAAUGCUAUUAAAUACAUAUCAUCAACAAUAAUAAACCUUUCUAAAGCUUUGACUAUGGUAAAUGAAGAGCUAAAGAUCAGCCUCCAAAAUGCAAAUAUUCUCAUAAAGGAGACAGAUGAUGCUGAAAAGGACCUCUCUCUGAAUAUCAUAGAAGAUCUUAGUGAAAAAAAUGAAAUGCUUCAGCAGCAACUUCAAACUGCAGAAGAAAAAUGUGAACACCUUAUUCGAUCCAAAGAUUUUCUAGAACAACAAUUACAAGCGUUGACAGCAUCAUCCUUGAAAAUGAUGACUAAACUUUCUCCACAGUCAUCUAUGUCCAUUAUCAAAGUAGAUGAUAUAGAGGACCAUAUUGACAGCAUUUUGGCCAAGGAACUUGAAAAUAUGGUCGAUGAGGCCCAAAGAAAAGGUGCCAGAAGCCCUGGGAUCAAAAAGGACACAACUGUUUCACAUGCAGUCCUAGAUGAAAUGACUGCUGAUUUAAAUGAACAGAAAGUUGCAACGGCCAAAACUAGUCACCACCCUGAGCCACAAGCACUGGGAAAGAAGGGAAGAGAAAGAAAAUCCUCUUCUGAAGCUAAAUCAAAAUCAACUACUGAAUCAAAAAAACAACAUACUGCUCCUGCUUUACUCUCUCCUGAAAUGAGACAAAGUGACAGAAGUGUAGCAAGUAUUUUGUGGGAGGGACCCGAGAUCAAAUCCGAAUAUCCAUCUGACAGAAGACAAAUAUCUUCAGAGAUGAUAGCGGAAUCCACCAUUGAGUCAAAAGACAAAGAAAGCAAACGUAAAAUGGGAAGCCUAAGGGAGCCAUCCAGGCAUAAGCAAUUUGAAAAAAUGAAAGAAAUUCAGAAACACCAUGUCUCUCCAGAAGCUACCAAAAGAAAAGAAGCAAAAACUGAGAAAGGAAAGUCAGCCUUCACCAAACAUGUCAAGCCUCAUGAACUUGCUAAAUCAAGAACAGCUGAAGAGACUUCAGAAUCUACCAGCAUAAUUGACAAAAGUGAACAGGGUAACCUAGAAGAAUUUCAGAAAGCCAUUAUGGCUUUCCUAAAGGAGAAAAUUGAUAAUGUAGGAAAACCUUUUGAUAAAAAGUUUGUGCUGUCAGAGGAGUUAUUAUUAAAAAGAGCAGAAGCCAAAAAGUUAGGAAUCAUAAAGGCAAAAUUGGAAGAAUAUUUCCAAAAGGUGGCUGAAAUCACUACCAAAAUCCUGAGAAAAUACAGAGAUAAAAAAAUGGCAGGACAAGUUGGAGAGAAACCUAAGCAAUCAAAAAAGGUAGCCGUACUUACACUGGGAUCACAGACGCAAAAGCCAUCAACUAGUGCAAAGACUGAAAUUACCACCUUCCUCUUACAUGAGAAUCUGGACCCCAUAAUUAGCAACUUAAUACAAAUGAUCUUGACUGAAGUAGAGAGUGAGAGAGAUGUUCUAGAAGUCUCAACAUUAAGGAGAGACCACAAGGAGAAGGAAGAACAAAGGCAGGGGGAAUAUUUGCAAGGGAGUCGAAAAAUUUCUGGCCAUCAGUUGCUAGGAGAAAAGAAUCUUUGGAAGGGGAGUCAAGAGAUCGUGAAAAACAAUUUGGAGAAGGAAAGGACAUGGCUCCAGAUGAAGGAGGAAAAACAAUUGCAACAGAAGCCGUGGCAGGAAAAAGAACUGUGGAAGGAACAGCAAAAACAGUGGCUUGAGCAAGAAGAGAAGCAAAAGCAAAGCAAAGAGGAGGAUGAAGAGCAGCAGCGGCGGGAAGCAGGGGAGCCCAAGAUGAAAGGGGCACUCUUAGAGGAGGUGAAAUGGAUGAGGCAGCUUCAGGAGGAAGUGAGACAGCUGGAGUUGACAAGAAGAUGGGAGAAAGAGGAGGAGAAGCAAAAGUUAGGGAGAAAGGUGGAGGACCAUGAAAGGAAGAAGCAGAAAAUAGCAACGAAUCAAGUGAUGAUUAAGGAGAAAAAACCUGAAGACCUAGAAAAAAUAAUAUCAAAAACUUUGGUGCUAUCAUCUGAUAGUAUCCAUCCUCCCAGCCAGAAGAGCAUGUUGAAAGAUGCAUCCCAGUUAUACCCAAGAAAAGAGAUUCAUAGAAAUCUUAAGUCAUUCGAGGCUCUUCAUGGAGAGCUCCCUAUAUCAAUCACACCUCCCACAAAAUCGAUCACUCUCACCCCUGAGGAGGCUCAGGCACUGGGGGUCACCCUCACCCCUGAGGAGGCCCAGGCACUGGGGGUCACCCUCCCCCCUCAGCAGACCCAGGCACAGGUGAUCACCCUCACCCCUCAGCAGGCCCAGACACUGGGGGUCACCCUCACCCCUCAGCAGGCCCAGGCACUGGGGAUCACCCUCACCCCUGAGGAGGCCCAGGCACAGGGGGUCACCCUCACCCCUGAGGAGGCCCAGGCACUAGGGAUCACCCUCACCCCUCAGCAGGCCCAGGCACUGGGGGUCACCCUCACCCCUGAGGAGGCCCAGGCACUGGGGAUCACCCUCACCCCUCAGCAGGCCCAGGCACUGGGGGUCACCCUCACCCCUCAGCAGGCCCAGGCACAGGGGGUCACCCUCACCCCUCAGCAGGCCCAGAUACUGGGGGUCACCCUCACCCCUCAGCAGGCCCAGACACUGGGGGUCACCCUCACCCCUGAGGAGGCCCAGGCACAGGGGGUCACCCUCCCCCCUCAGCAGGCCCAGGCACAGGGGGUCACCCUCCCCCCUCAGCAGGCACAGGCACUGGGGGUCACCCUUCCCCCUCAGUGGGCCCAGGCACUGGGGGUCACCCUUCCCCCUCAGUGGGCCCAGGCACAGGGGCUCACUCUCACCCCUGAGGAGGCCCAGGCACUGGGGAUCACCCUCACCCCUGAGGAGGCCCAGGCACAGGUGAUCACCCUCACCCCUGAGGAGGCCCAGGCACAGGGGGUGAUCACCCUCACCCCUCAGCAGGCCCAGACACUGGGGGUCACCCUCACCCCUCAGCAGGCCCAGGCACUGGGGAUCACCCUCACCCCUGAGGAGGCCCAGGCACAGGGGGUCACCCUCACCCCUGAGGAGGCCCAGGCACUAGGGAUCACCCUCCCCCCUCAGCAGGCACAGGCACUGGGGAUCACCCUCCCCACUCAGCAGGCCCAGGCACAGGGGGUCACCCUCACCCCUGAGGAGGCCCAGGCACUGGGGAUCACCCUCCCCCCUCAGCAGGCCCAGGCACUGGGGGUCACCCUCACCCCCAGGGAGGCCCAGGAAGAGGGGGUCAUCCUCAGCCCUCAGCAGGCUCAGGCACGGGGGAUCAUCCUCACCCCUCAGCAGGCUCAGACACGGGGGGUCACUCUCACCCCUCAGCAGGCCCAGGCACUACAGGUCACUCUCACCCCUCAACAGGUUAAGGCACUGGGGAUCAAAGUCACCCCUGAGAAGGCUCAGGUACAGGGGAUCACUCUCACAUCUCAGCAAGCUCAAGCAUUGAGGGCUGUUCUUAAUCUUAAACAGGCCCCCAAAUUGCAGAUCCCUUUCACACCUAAGCAGGCACAGGCAUUAAAGCCUCUCACUCUGGAACAAGCCCAGAUAUUAAGGGUUCCUAUCACCCCUAAACAGACUCAGACAUUAAAGACAUCUCUCACUUCAGAACAGGUCCAAACAGAGAGGAUUACUCUCACACCACAGCAGACCCAGGCUUUGGGGAUCACCCUCACCCCUGAGCAAGUCUAUGGCCUGGGGCUUCCUCUCACUCCUGAACAAGCUCAGUCACAGUGGGUCCCUUUCAGCUCUGAGCAGGCCCAGGCGUUACAGGUACCUCUCACUAAAGAGCAAGCUGAUAAAUUGGGAGUCCCUGUCACUCCAGAAAAUGCCCAGGAAACAGGGGUUUCAUUAACUUCAGAAGCUCCUCUCAGUAUAAGACAGGCCCAAGAAUUGGGAGUCCCCAGUAGCCCAGAAAGUGCCAGGGUGUCAGCUGUCACUCCUACCCUCAAGCAGGCCCAAACCUUAGGGCCCCCUCUUACCUUAGCACAAGCUCAAGUAUUGGGAGUUCCUCUUACUCCAGAGCAGUUCAGGAAAUUAGGAGUCCCUGUCACCUUAGAUAAAGCCCAUGUCUUGGGAUCUCCCCUUACCCCUGAGCAAGUUCAAUCUUCUCUUAGACCAUUUCAAGAAUUAGAGGCUUCUCUCUUCCCUGAGCAAUCCUUUACAUCAAGAUUUUCUCCAAGUUCUCGCCAGCUCCUGGCAUCAUCUCCUAUUUCUGAGACAUGUUCUACAUUUGGGGUCUCUCCUCUGCAAAUACCAACGUCUUCUCUCACCCAAUCCCCCUUCAGCCUUGGGACAUCCCCAGUGAUGGGGAUUGCUUCUGACCCUGAGAAGUUACUGGCACCACAGACCCUUCCUUCCUCUAGGGGUCCACCCACCCCUCGGCAUCUCCUAGCACCAGAAAUCCCUCCUACCCCUAGUCAGCUCUUCAUAUCUAAGGGCCCUCUCACUCCCGAGCAGCCUCUCCUACCUGGAGUCUCACCCACCUCUGGGCAAAUCCCCAGUCUCUCUCUUGGGCAGCCUUUGGUAUCUGGGACCUCUUCCAUCCCUGGAAAGCUGCUGGAAUCCAGACCCUUUACCCUCCCUGAGCAGCCCCAGGUAUCCCAGACCCCUCUCUGGGGCCCUUCUACCCUUGGGCAGGAUCUAGCACCAUGGAUACUUCCAGGGCAACCUUCCCCAUUAUGGGUCCCUCCCACCCCUGAGAAGCCCCCCACAUUAUGGGCUCUUCCAACUCCUGGAAAACCCCAGAAAGACUUAACCUCUGCUGUCUCUAAGAAAAGAAAGGAAGGAUUAGAAGUUAUUUCUUCUCUGAAAUCAGCAUUUGUCCCUCCCAGUGCUCCAAAGUUCAAGGCACAAGCCCCUCUCACCACUAAGAAGCGUCAAACGUCAGAAGUCUCUGGCACUUCUGAAGAAACCCAGAUGCUCCGAGAUCCUUUUGCCAUGGAACAAUCUAGAACCGUUCAGCCCUAUCUCACCGAUUACACAAGGACACCAAUUUCACAAACCCCUUACAUUGACGAGGAGGCCCUUUCUACUCUUGUGAAGCCUUUAACACCACUACCUUCUCUUGUUACUCAACAACUCAAAACAUCAGAGGCCUCACUUUCUGAAUGGGACCAGAAAUCCAGAUUCCCUCCUAUAGACAAGUCCUGGAUACUGACCUCUGUUUCAGCCAUCAAGAGACCCAAGAUGAUCGUGCCACCUUCCUCUCCUCAAGAGCUCGAAGAGGAAGAGAAGAAGUACUUUGUUGAUGUGGAGGCUCAGAGGAAGAACCUGGUACUCCUAAGUCAGGCCACAAAAAUUUCUGGAUUCCCUUCACAGCUACAUGCAACAGCUAGGAAGCUCAUAAUUGAGACACUUCAUACAGACACAGUUCGACUGGGAUAUCUAUUCCGCAAGUACAUUGCUUAUAGGCUGAUCCAGCGUGCCAGAAACAACAUAAUCAAACGAUUACAAGCCAUACAAAACACUGGAAAAGGCUAUGAGACCCGGAACCUCUACAUAAUACUGAGUAGAAUUGAUGACUAUCAGAAAAAGGUGAUGCAAGUCUGGACAGAGAAGCAGACAUCUCUAGAGCAGAAACGGAAUCAGUGCCUGAGGAAAAUGAUGUACUUAUUUAGUCAGCUUCAAGAAAUGUAUAAAUUGAAUCUUAGUCUACCUAUCCCCUUGAUCAUCAAUGAAAAGCAGAUAUUUGCCUCUACUAAAUUUGUUCACCACCCACUCCUAGAACUACUAAUAGAAGAGAACAGAAAAUUUGACACAUUUAGGAAAUUCAGAAAACAAAGGGACCACAUAGAGGCCAUCUGGAAUGCUGAUCUGUCCACUUCAAGUUACCCAAUAAUAGAGAAGAAAUCACUGCAUUCACUCUGGGACCAGCUGGGUGGGUACCCAGAUAUUCCUAGGCUGCUCCAGUUAGAUGUUCAAUCUACCUUCAGAAAAUCUCUUGCAUCCAUUCAAUCACAGUUUAAGAAGAUUCCCAAGUGA